CAGAUACUAGGUAAACUUGGUAGUCUAAGAAUUUCGGGUAGGUUCUACAACAGUGUCUGCUUCCGGCUUCAUGUGAUCAACACCUGCUGGGCUAUGUGAACUAAGGGUAUCAGGAGCUUUCCCCUUUGCCUGGGAGUUUGUAGUGGCCUCAGCUGCGGCGAUAAAGUUGGCGUGGUAGUUUCAAGCUUCGAUUGAAGCAGUCAUUUCAAGCUUUGGACUGGUGGUGAAUGAGCGUGAACGUGGAACUUGAACACUUUUUGCUUUUCCAUGAAAUCAUACGGAUUGUCCCUUGCUACUGCUGCUGUCUUGCGUGAUGAGAAAAAGAAAAUGGCGGCGGAUACGGCGAGUAGCGAGGGCGACGAGGGGUCCUUUGAUCUCACAGUCGAAGAGAAGGAGGCGCUUUGUGGGUUGGAUAGCAGCUUUUUCGGGUUCUUAAGCCGACGCGAAGAUGGCGCUAGGACGAAGACGCUAUUGAACAAGGCUAUUCACUGCUACGAAUCUUUAAUAGUAAAAGCUGAAGGAAAAGUGGAAUCUGAUUUCUUUUGUCAAUUAGGUCACUUCAAUCUCUUGUUGGAAGAUUAUUCAAAAGCAUUGUCAUCUUACCAGAGAUAUUACAGUUUACAGACUGACUACUGGAAGAAUGCUGCCUUUUUAUAUGGUCUUGGUUUGGUUUACUUCUACUACAAUGCAUUUCAUUGGGCAACUAGAGCAUUUCAAGAUGUCCUUUAUGUUGACCCCAGUUUUUGCAGAGCCAAGGAAAUUCAUUUACGCCUUGGUUUUAUGUUCAAAGUGAAUACAGAUUAUGAGUCUAGUUUAAAGCAUUUUCAGCUAGCUUUGAUCGACAGUAAUGCCUGUACUUUGUCCAGUGUGGAAAUUCAGUUUCACAUUGCUCAGUUAUAUGAAACCCAGCAGAAAUACCAUUUUGCAAAAGAAGCCUAUGAACAACUUUUACAAAUUGAAAGCCUUCCAUCUCAAGUAAAAGCAACUAUAUUGCAACAGUUAGGUUGGAUGCAUCAUAAUAUGGAUCUAGUAGGAGACAAGGUCACCAAGGAAAGGUAUGCUAUUCAGUAUCUCCAAAAGUCAUUGGAGGAAGAUCCUAAUUCUGGCCAAUCAUGGUAUUUCCUUGGAAGGUGCUAUUCUAGCAUUGGGAAAGUUCAGGAUGCCUUUGUAUCUUAUAGGCAAUCCAUUGAUAAAUCAGAAGCAAGUGCAGACACGUGGUGUUCAAUAGGUGUGCUCUAUCAACAGCAAAAUCAGCCUAUGGAUGCCUUACAGGCUUAUAUAUGUGCUGUACAGUUGGAUCAUGGACAUGCAGCAGCCUGGAUGGACUUAGGCAUUCUUUAUGAGUCCUGCAACCAACCUCAGGAUGCAAUUAAAUGCUACUUAAAUGCAACUAGGAGCAAAAGCUGUAGUCAUACAUCUGCACUUACAUCAAGAAUUAUGUUUUUAAAGGCUCAGUUGUGUAAUCUUCCACAAGGUAAUCUACAGAAUAAAACUAAAUUACUUCCUAGUAUUGAGGAGGCGUGGAGCCUACCAAUCCCUGCAGAGCUUACCUCCAGGCAGGGUGCCAUGAACACAGCACAGCAGGAUCAGGUCUCCUUGCCUACUGAUGUACCGUCCCAGUGUCGGGGCUCUCCAGUGAUGACUCUCCUUGUGCUCCAGUGAUGAUCUCCGUGCUGGUUGGGUAGCUCGUAAACAAAGUGC